CUCUCAUAAAUGAAAAUACAAUGAGGUCAUGCAAAUGAAUGGACAAACCUACAGCAAGCUGUAGUGCUGCUUGUGCAAGUUUGAAAGAUAACCAACCGCCUCCACCAUCCCACUCCUCCCGUCAGACGGCUACAGGUCGCACUCAUCGUGAUUGCGACACCUAGCCAUCAAAGCGCUGCUCUGUUAGUACAGUUGCUUGAACAUAAUUAGGCGGAUUAAGCCUCGGCAAUCUUAUCAAAUUCCAAAUCACAGCGACACCUGAUGAAACUCGCCUUAUCUGCGUCGUAAGCUUGGUAGUUGUGUAUGUGACCGACACAUUUAUGGUAUGAAGAUACAUCAACGGCCGUCGCCCAUCAGGUCGAGCUUCAUCGAUGUUGUCGCAACCCGCAUAGGAUACCCACACCUACAAGCUCCUCCAAACGUCAUACAGAGGCCCCAAUUCAUCUCUACAAACUGUUUCAGAUACUAUACAGUCGGACAUCAAGCGCAAUCAUCCAAACCAGGCGCAACCUUUACCAAAUCUCGAAAUAUCUUGAUACCUUCACUGGUAUUAGCAUCUUCACUCCCAAUCGGAUUGUAUCUACAUCAGAGCGCCAACAUGUCGUCCAAACUCAUCCCGUCAAAUCCAUCGGAUGUCAUGGUCAUCCGCAACAUCACGCAGAAUGUUGUGACGUUCUCCGUACCAUUCUCCCGGUUCGGUAUCCUGCAAGUCGGAGGAAGAGGAACAGUAGUACGCCUCACAUCAGGAAACCUAGCCGUCAUCUCCCCCGUCGCCAUGACGCCCGAGGUGAAAGCCAAGCUGGCCGAACUGGCUGGCACGGUGGCCUACAUCAUCGCGCCCGACUUUGAGCAUCACAUAUUCAUCUCCGAGUGGGCCAAGGAGUAUCCCGGGGCCAAGAUCAUCGGCCCCGAGGGCCUGCCCGAAAAGCGCGCCAAGGCGAAUGAUGAGAAGAUUGGGAAGGAACCGUUUACGUUCGUUUACGACCCCACUAAGAAGCAGUUCAACGACAUUGAUACCGAUUUUGCUGCGAACUUUGAGGUUGAGUAUGUCGACUCACAUCCAAACAAGGAGAUUGUGCUCUUCUUUAAGCCGGAGAAGAUUCUUAUUCAGGCCGAUCUCAUGUUCAACUUGCCCGCUAUUGAGCAGUAUUCUAGAGUGCCUGAGGCAGCGAAGAAUAACGGUAUCGCGAACCGGCUGUGGAACAGUAUCCAGACUACGAAUGGGGAGGCGAAGGGCACCAAGAGAUUAAUCUGGUAUGGGUUGAGUGCUAAGAAUCGCGAGGGUUGGAAUGAGAGUAUGAGGAGGAUCGAUGCGUGGGAUUUCAACACUAUUAUCCCGUGUCACGGCGAGACGAUGGAGGGCAAUGGCAAGGAGCUGUUCAGGAAGAUUUUUGAGUGGCAUCUUCAGGGCCACAAAUGAGCAUAGGCGAACGCCAGGGUAAGGCAAAGUUGAGUAAGGACUUGGGGUGUUGUACAGAUAUUGUUUUACGACUUUGUUUUCAGUAGGAGAAGCUAAGGAUUUGACGCCAACGCUGUUAUGGAUCACGUGGCUUUUUCAAAGUACUUUGUAGUCAUUUGCGAGGAGUUCCAGCAUUGUUUCUGAUGUAAACUCAACCCUCUGGUUCAGUAGUGAUCGCAACCGGU